AUGCUUUCUAAGCUUUUACUGUUGGUAAACUUGACGGAGUCGCUGGAACGGCAACUGAGCAAUGUUGAAGAUGAUGUGGCUGACAUAAAGUGCAUUGUAUCCAUGGUGGAUAGCACUGAAGAGGUUGCGGAUUCUCCCUUCGGUUAUCCACAUGAUGAUCAUCAACUGUCACCACCACCUCGUGCUAGUAAUAAUCCCCACACUCCAUUUCAACCUCCCUUUCCUUCAAAUCAUCCUUCCCUAAUUCCCUCUCCACCACUCGACACACCUCUAGUGUCUCCCCAACAUAUUGAUGAUGCCAAAAAGGAGUAG